GGUGGGACUUCUCUGGGCCAUCGCUGCCCGGCGUCCCCGCCGCGAAUGGGAGUAACAGCAGCAGCUCGCCGGGGGCUGGCCCUCCUGCUCCCCGGCCCGGUCGCCCCGUCUGUAAACACUGGAACUCCGGGGGCCAGUACCGCCCAGUGCGAUGGCCCAGAGGGGCUGGUAGGGAGCCUGAGGCCUGAGCUGGGACCUUGAAGCAGGCCUUUGCGCGGCAGGGUGGCAGCCGGACCCCAGGUCUGCCUCACUCUACCUGGAGCCAUGAGUGAGGCCCGUAGGGAUAGUACCAGCAGUCUGCAGCGUAAGAAACCACCCUGGCUAAAGCUGGACAUCCCGGCUGUGGUGCCCCCGGCAACGGAGGAGCCCAGUUUCCUGCAGCCCCUGAGGCGCCAGGCUUUCCUGCGGAGUGUGAGUAUGCCAGCUGAGACAGUGCGUGUCCCUUCCCCGCACCAUGAGCCUCGGCGGCCUGUGCUGCAGCGCCAGACUUCCAUCACACAGACCAUCCGCAGUCGACAGGUGCGCUUUGGGCGUGUCCAUACUUUGCCCCUCCUGGGUCCCCAGGCUGCUCGCAGGGUCUCCCCACAGCAUCAGUCUCUUUCUUGGUCCCUGCUCAGGGGGACAGCUGACUGGUUUGGAGUGAGCAAGGACAGUGACAGCACCCAGAAGUGGCAGCGCAAAAGCAUCCGUCACUGCAGCCAACGGUAUGGGAAGCUGAAACCCCAGGUCAUCCGGGAGCUGGACCUGCCCAGCCAGGACAAUGUGUCACUGACCAGCACCGAGACACCGCCCCCACUGUAUGUGGGGCCAUGCCAACUGGGCAUGCAGAAGAUCAUAGACCCUCUGGCCCGAGGCCGGGCUUUCCGCAUGGCCGAUGACACUGCUGAUGGGCUGAGCGCCCCGCACACUCCCAUCACGCCAGGUGCUGCCUCCCUCUGCUCCUUCUCCAGCUCUCGCUCAGGUUUCAAUCGGCUCCCUCGGCGACGCAAGCGCGAGUCUGUGGCCAAGAUGAGCUUCCGGGCAGCUGCAGCACUAGUGAAGGGCCGCUCGGUUAGGGAUGGCACAUUGCGCCGGGCCCAGCGUCGGAGCUUCACUCCUGCCAGUUUCCUGGAGGAGGACACAGUGGACUUCCCUGAUGAGCUGGACACGUCCUUCUUUGCCCGGGAAGGUGUCCUCCAUGAAGAGCUGUCCACGUACCCAGAUGAAGUGUUUGAGUCCCCUUCAGAGGCAGCACUCAAGGACUGGGAGAAAGCCCCAGAGCAGGCAGACCUCACUGGCGGGGCCCUGGACCGCACUGAGCUUGAACGAAGUCACUUGAUGCUGCCCUUAGAGCGAGGCUGGCGGAAGCAGAAGGAGGGUGGCAAACUGGCCCCGCAGCCCAAGGUGCGGCUUCGACAGGAGGUGGUGAGCACCGCAGGGUCCAGGAGGGGCCAACGCAUUGCUGUGCCUGUGCGCAAGCUCUUCGCCAGAGAGAAGCGGCCGUAUGGCCUGGGCAUGGUGGGCCGGCUCACCAACCGCACCUACCGCAAGCGCAUCGACAGCUAUGUCAAGCGCCAGAUUGAGGACAUGGACGACCAUAGGCCCUUCUUCACCUACUGGCUCACCUUCGUGCACUCGCUGGUCACCAUUCUAGCCGUGUGCAUCUAUGGCAUCGCGCCCGUGGGCUUCUCGCAGCAUGAGACAGUGGACUCGGUGCUGCGGAACCGUGGCGUCUACGAGAACGUCAAGUAUGUGCAGCAAGAGAACUUCUGGAUCGGCCCCAGCUCGGUGAGGGCGGGGCUGGGGGCGGAGCUUGGGAUGCCUAAGCAGGCUGGGGGCCUGGGGCCGCAGCUGUGGUCUCCCUCACCGCAGGAGGCCCUCAUUCACCUGGGCGCCAAGUUCUCGCCCUGCAUGCGCCAGGACCCACAGGUGCACAGCUUCAUCCACGCCGCACGUGAGCGGGAGAAGCACUCAGCCUGCUGCGUGCGCAACGACCGCUCCGGCUGUGUGCAGACCUCGGAGGAGGAGUGCUCGUCCACGCUGGCAGUGUGGGUGAAGUGGCCCAUCCAUCCCAGCGCCCCGGACCUUGCUGGUCACAAGAGGCAGUUCGGCUCUGUCUGCCACCAGGACCCCAGGGUGUGUGAUGAGCCCUCCUCUGAGGACCCCCAUGAAUGGCCAGAAGACAUCACCAAGUGGCCGAUUUGCACCAAAAACAGUGCUGGGAACCACACCAACCAUCCUCACAUGGACUGUGUCAUAACAGGCCGGCCCUGCUGCAUUGGCACCAAGGGCAGGUGUGAGAUCACCUCUCGCGAGUACUGUGACUUCAUGAGGGGCUACUUCCAUGAGGAGGCCACACUGUGUUCUCAGGUGCACUGCAUGGACGAUGUAUGUGGCCUCCUGCCUUUCCUCAACCCUGAGGCGCCUGACCAGUUCUACCGUCUGUGGCUGUCCCUCUUCCUGCAUGCUGGGAUCCUGCACUGCCUGGUGUCUGUCUGCUUCCAGAUGACUGUUCUGCGGGACCUGGAGAAGCUGGCAGGCUGGCACCGCAUAGCCAUCAUCUACCUGCUAAGUGGUGUCACUGGCAACCUGGCUAGUGCCAUCUUCCUGCCAUACCGGGCAGAGGUGGGCCCGGCCGGCUCGCAGUUUGGCAUCCUGGCUUGCCUCUUCGUGGAGCUCUUCCAGAGCUGGCAGAUCCUGGCGCGACCCUGGCGUGCCUUCUUCAAGCUGCUGGCUGUGGUGCUCUUCCUCUUUGCCUUCGGGCUGCUGCCCUGGAUCGACAACUUCGCCCACAUCUCAGGCUUUAUCAGUGGCCUCUUCCUUUCCUUUGCCUUCCUGCCCUACAUCAGCUUCGGCAAGUUUGACCUGUACCGCAAGCGCUGCCAGAUCAUAAUCUUCCAGGCAGUCUUCCUGGGCCUGCUGGCUGGCCUGGUAGUCCUCUUUUACUUCUACCCUGUCCGCUGUGAGUGGUGCGAGUUCCUUACUUGCAUCCCCUUCACUGACAAGUUCUGUGAGAAGUACGAGCUAGACGCUCAGCUCCACUGAGCAGCGUGGGUGUAGCAGCCAUGCCCAUUCUUAGCCUCACAAGUCUGCAGGGCUCUUCCUCCUCUAUGCAUUUCCUCAACACAGACCUCUUGUGCCUUGUUCACUUCUGUUGAACUCCUUAUACUGCCGGGCAUUUAUUACACUAGUUCCCACGAUAACCUUCUAACUAGUCCCUUGACGACCACCUCAUGUGGCCAAUAAAUGGACCGGGAGCGUUUUAGCUGCCACUAACUUGACCAGAACUGUCUCUUCCUUCCUGGUUUCUGGCUGGGGGCUGUGGUGGGAGGUCCUGCAGGCCCCUGGUCUCCAGUGUGCAAUUCUCCAGAAAAGGAACUAAAUGUCAAACUCGGCCACAGGCUCUUUUAGCUCCCACUUCAGUCCCUCAGGCAGGUAUGCACAUCUUGCUUCCCUGCCUUAGAGGGACUGGUACCAUCGUAGGGACACAGAUUUAGGGAUGUAUUGUGACGUUUUCCUACACCCACACUGGAAGCACCCCACCCCUACAACUCCCAUCUCCAUCUGUGUCACAUACGUACUCCCACCGUAGACUCCGAGAUGCAGGCCCUGUUUCCCCACAGC